ACUCCGUGGGCGUCGCUCGAAGGGAGCGUGGCCAUCCGACUCUUAGUAGUUACUGUGCGGCGGGUGGCAGCGGGGAGCCGGGGAGCCGAGAUGCCUCGGUAUGCGCAGCUGGUCAUGGGCCCCGCAGGCAGCGGGAAGAGCACCUACUGUGCCACCAUGGUCCAGCACUGUGAAGCCCUCCACCGGUCUGUCCAAGUGGUGAACCUUGAUCCGGCGGCAGAACACUUCAACUACUCCGUAAUGGCUGACAUCCGGGAACUGAUUGAGGUGGAUGACGUGAUGGAGGAUGAUUCUCUACGGUUCGGUCCCAAUGGAGGAUUGGUAUUUUGCAUGGAGUACUUUGCCAAUAACUUUGACUGGCUGGAGAGCUGUCUAGGUCAUGUCGAGGACGACUAUAUCCUUUUUGACUGUCCAGGUCAGAUUGAGUUGUACACGCACCUGCCCGUGAUGAAACAGCUGGUCCAGCAGCUAGAACAGUGGGAGUUCCGAGUCUGUGGAGUUUUUCUGGUUGAUUCUCAGUUUAUGGUGGAAUCAUUCAAGUUUAUUUCUGGCAUCUUGGCAGCCCUGAGCGCUAUGAUCUCUCUAGAAAUCCCACAAGUUAACAUCAUGACAAAAAUGGAUCUGCUGAGUAAGAAAGCUAAAAAGGAAAUUGAGAAAUUUCUAGAUCCAGACAUGUAUUCUUUAUUGGAUGAUUCUACAAGUGACUUCAGAAGCAAAAAAUUCAAAAAAUUGACUAAAGCUAUAUGCGGACUGAUUGAUGACUACAGCAUGGUUCGAUUUUUGCCUUACGAUCAGUCAGAUGAAGAAAGCAUGAAUAUUGUAUUACAGCAUAUUGAUUUUGCCAUUCAAUAUGGAGAAGACUUGGAAUUUAAAGAACCAAAGGAACAGGAAGAUGAGUCUUCUUCUAUGUUUGAUGAAUAUUUUCAAGAACACCAGAAUGAAUAAAGAGUUUACUAAAAAGUAACUGUAUAUAUGCGAAGAGCUUGUGGCUGAAACAUCCGAACAGUCUUCUCAAAGAAUGCAAUACAAGAAAGCUACUUAUUUUAAUGGAAAAAAUAAUACCUGGCUUUUUAUCAGCAGCAUGCUUCAAUCAGGUUCUUAGUUAUUCUUGAAACUGCUAAUGUUUAAAGUGGAAUCUUUUACUAAUAUUUUUAUAGCAUCAAUUUAGAUUUUAAAAGUUGAAAUUGAAAUGAAUGCACAUAGAUUUGUAUGUAAUAUAAAUCAGUACCUGUGGUACAGUUAAGACCUGUAAACAGUUUGAUUUUUGUUAUUUUUGAAGGUUUUUUUCGAGGAACAGGAAUUAUUGUUACAAAAUGUACAUAUGUGUGUCUAAAGGAAAAAAAUUUGGGAGGACAUAGAUAAGACCAUUGUUUAUCCGUAUCUUCCAGUUUUCCUACAUUGAAAAUGUAUUAUUUGUAUAGUUAAAAAAUGAAAAGUAACUAUGUUUUAAGAUA